GUUCCCUCCCCUUCACCAUGGCGCAUCACAGAGGCCACAGACACAUCCUCCUCUACGUCUCUCUCGCUCUCUCCCUGGGGCUGGCCCUGGCGGAGGACGCAACUGACCCCAGUGACGACACAGGCAGCUUUGAUGACGUAGAAGCGGUCAGUGAGGAAGCGGAUCUGGACCCUUACAGCAUGUCUCAGGAACUGAACAAGAGGCCAAACGUUGACCCGUACUCAUACCUCCCGAGUGUAGGGAAAAGAGCUUUUGAUCACUACGGCUUUACUGGAGGUCUCGGCAAGAGGAAGAUCGACCAUUUUGGAUUUGUUGGGGGACUUGGCAAGAGACAAAUUGACCCUUUAGGAUUUUCUGGGGGUAUCGGGAAGAGGUACGACUCUUUUGCCUACUCUGCUGGACUCGGAAAACGAGGAAUGGACAGUUUAGCAUUUUCGGGUGGCCUCGGAAAGAGAGGAAUGGACAGUUUAGCAUUUUCGGGUGGCCUCGGAAAGAGAGGAAUGGAUAGUUUAGCAUUUUCAGGUGGACUCGGAAAGAGAGGAAUGGACAGUUUAGCAUUUUCGGGCGGACUCGGAAAGAGAGGAAUGGAUAGUUUAGCAUUUUCAGGUGGCCUCGGAAAGAGAGGAAUGGACAGUUUAGCAUUUUCAGGUGGACUCGGAAAGAGAGGAAUGGAUAGUUUUAGCUUCGCCCCUGGUCUAGGAAAGCGUGGUAUGGAUAGUCUAGCGUUCGCAGGUGGACUGGGAAAGCGGAUGGACGGCUUUGCUUUUGCUCCAGGCCUUGGGAAACGAAUGGACAGUUUUGCUUUUGCACCUGGUCUGGGUAAAAGAGGAAUGGACAGUCUAGCUUUUGCUGGGGGUUUGGGAAAACGGAUGGACAGCUUUGCUUUUGCUCCAGGACUUGGAAAGCGGAUGGACAGUUUCGCUUUUGCGCCUGGUCUGGGUAAAAGGGGACUUGAUCGCUACGGAUUUGUUGGCGGCUUGGGGAAACGAGGGAUGGAUCAUUUCGCUUUUACUGGAGGACUCGGCAAGAGGGACUCGGGCGAGGCCUCGGGAGACCUCGAGGAAGGGAAGAGAGGUUUGGAUGCCUACAGCUUUACCGGAGCUCUGGGGAAGAGAGGGUUAGAUCGGUACGGAUUCGUUGGAGGCCUCGGCAAACGAGGAAUGGACGACUUCGCUUUUUCUCCGGGCCUUGGAAAGAAGAGGAUGGAUUCUUUUAUGUUCGGAAGUCGCUUAGGAAAGAGAGGGAUGGACAGAUUUAGUUUUUCCGGCCACUUAGGAAAGAGGAAGAUGGAUCAGUUUUCUUUUGGACCGGGUCUCGGCAAGCGAGGGUUCGACCACUACGGCUUUACGGGCGGCAUCGGCAAGCGAGGGUUCGACCACUACGGCUUUACGGGCGGCAUCGGCAAGCGACAGUUGGAUCCCAUGUUGUUUUCUGGUCGUCUGGGAAAGAGAAGUAGCAGCGAACAGGAGGAGGAGGAUGUGAGGCAGGUGGAGAAGAGGUCAACGACAGAGGAACAGUCGUCGAAGAGCUUGUGAGAGUGACCGCUGUGACGUAGUAUCCCGCCUGAUGGCCAGGGAGACAGGCGUGUGUGCGGGCAGAGACAUCGAGAGACCAGGCCACUCCCUCUUCUCCUCUGUCUGUCUAGAGAUACUCGAAUAAACGGUUCCCCUCCUCCACAAGGAAAAGUGAAGGGAGUUCUUUUCAGUUUGUGACUUUUGCUGGCUCUUGUGUGCAAUGAUAUCCUGGACAUUACUUGCUAGAUCUAGCCCCUCUGUUGUUGAAACUGCCUGUCGAAUGAAAAUCUUUUGAGAGCACACACGUAUUGUUUUGGCUUGUUAUAAUAAUAAAAGAAAACGGUUGAAGAUUCUAAUGCUCAUUUCAUUCACGUAAAUUUGGAGACGAGUUCAGUGCGAGAUGAAAGGAAUGUGUUUGCUGGUUUGUUUGUAGACACACGCAUAUACAUACAUACAUAAACACACACGCACACGCACACACACACACACACACACACACACA